AUGGUACCACAGAAAAAGCACUCACCGAAUACGUCUGAGAUAGUUGUGCCACAAACCAUAACGACUGCAACCAGAAGGAGAGCGAAGCGAAAGAACGUCUUCAUGGUUUGCUUCUCACGAGAAGAACUACGCGGAGGAGCGUCGACGAGUAGGAAGGGGUCGCCGCGCGUCCAUUGGAGCGUCGACGCGACCUGGGCGCUGAUUCGGCUUUGGGAGGAUCGGCUGGAGGACCUCCGUCGCGCCAAGAGGAACGGUGCCGUUUACGCCGAGAUCGCGGAAGCGUUGGGGGCCCUCUUUCGAACGACGAGGGACCAAGUCCACAACAAGAUCGAGAAUCUGUGCAGCACUUAUCGGAAACAUGCACGGGAAGGCACCACCACGGGAUCCGGGAAGCAGACCUGGGCCUACUACUUCGCCAUCCACAGGUUCAUGGGGUCGCUGCCGCUCAACAACAGCAGCCUGGUCGUAGAGAGCUGCCUGGACCGUGCAACGCCUGCAGUAGUGCAGUUGCUUGCAGGCUUGCAGGAUGGAGGUGCAGAGGAUGGCGAGAUGUUCGAGGAGCCACCUAUGGACGUGGGAGACGACUCACAUGAUGUCGGAGCCGCUGGAGUCGGCUUCGAGGCUUCAGAUUUGAGCGGGCACAGAGGAGAAAGCUUGGCCGCAAGCUCAAGGAGGGCGAGCACCGCGAGCACCAGCUGCGCUGCAAGCACCUCUGCAAGCAACGGCGUGUCCGUGCCAGCGAGGGCGCCUCCAAAAAAAAGGGCUCAGCACCCUAAUACUGCCCUCAUUAGGGCAGCAAUUGAGGAGCAGAAGCUCCUCCGUUUGAGCUUUGAAGCCGCUCGAGCAAAGGAAUUCGAGCUCCGGGAGCGGGAGCUCGUUCAGAAAGAACUUGUGUUGCAAGCGCAAGAACGUGCUUUGAAGCAACAAGAACGUGCUGCGAAGGCGCAGGAAGACCUGACUGCGGCGAUGAUCGCUUUUCUAAAUAAAGCACCAAAGUAA